UCAUGACGUGUUCGUGACGUCAAUCGCAUGCGCAGAACGCGAGCUCACUCUCAGCACUGCUAUGGCCGACGAAAAUGCGAUUCCCGUUCGCGUCGGACACUACGAGUUGGUCAGGACUAUCGGAAAGGGCAACUUCGCGGUCGUGAAGCUCGCGCGCCACCAGAUCACGAACGCCAAGGUGGCCGUGAAGGUGAUCUCGACGCGGUCGCUGGACGCGGACCAGCUGCGGAAGCUGCAGCGCGAGAUCGACAUAAUGAAGCGCACGGCGGCGCACCGCCACAUCCUGCGCCUCUACCAGGUGAUGCAGUCCGAGCGCCACCUCAUGCUCGUCACCGAGUUCUGCGCCGGCGGCGAGAUCUUCGACCAAUUGGUGGCCAACGGCCGCAUGACGGAGCCGCAGGCGCGCGACUACUUCCGCCAGAUCGUGGACGCCGUGGACUUCCUGCACGCGCAGGGCAUCGUCCACAGGGACCUCAAGGCCGAGAACCUCCUCCUCUCAGCUGAUCUCAAGGUCGUCAAACUGGCCGACUUCGGCUUCAGCAACUACUUCUCGCGCGACGCCCUCCUCAGCACGUGGUGCGGGAGUCCGCCGUACGCGGCGCCCGAGCUGUUCGAAGGCCGGCACUAUUGCGGCCCGAAGGCCGACAUCUGGUCGCUGGGAGUCGUGCUGUACGUGUUGGUGUGCGGCGCCCUCCCCUUCGACGGCCACACUCUGCAGUCGCUGAAGACGCGCGUCCUCAACGGCAAGUUCCGCAUUCCGUACUUCAUGUCCACCGACUGCGAGCACCUGAUCCGCCACAUGCUCGUGACGGAGCCCGAGAAGCGGCUGUCGUUGCAACAAAUCAAAGUCCACAAGUGGUUGCGCGCGACCGACGCCACGACAGAGACGACACCUGUCGUGCCGGACGACGACACGAUCGACAUGUCUGUCGUCGAGUGGGUUUCGCGCGAGCUUUCGGUCGACUCUCUGGCAGUUCUGGAAUCGGUGCGAUCGCGCGCUUACGACCACAACUACGCCCUCUACCAUCUGGUCAACGAGUCUAGUCACGUGACGCCGUCGUCGGCGCCGCCCUCGCCGCCGCUCCUCCCACUCGUGCCGUCGUCCAAUCAGCGCAAGUCAUCCAUCACGACGGGAGUGGUCGAGCGCGAGACGCCGUCGCUGCUGAGCGCCGCCUCCCCGUUGCGGCGCCACACGUUCGGCCCCAUGGAGACCACGUGCGCCGCCAACUCCACCAAUCAGCUCGUCACGCCGCCCCUCCUCUUCCUCACGCCCCCCUCGCAGGCCCCGCCCCCCAUGGCCAACCUGCCGCUCGCGCCGCCCAACUACCCGCUCACCAACAUGGACCUGUUGCGGCCGCCAAACGUCUUACUCAUGGUCAACAACAACAUGGGGCGGCGCGCGUCCGACGGCCAGGCCAACUACGCGCGCACCCAAGACCACGCCCCGCAAUCGGUGACCGCUUCCGCCUCCGCCUUCAGCUUCCCCGCCCAGACGUCGCCGCCGCCAAUCAGCUAUCAGCGCAGAAAACGCCACUCCCUCACCGACACGGCGGACCACGUGACACGACAACGCCGGUCGGGAGUGACGACCAUCGCGUCGCCCAAUCAGACGACAGACAGAAACAGAAGACGCGCGUCGGACGGAAGCGCUGUUCGCAACCAGAUCUCCAUCUCGUCGCUGCAGACAGAGUUGCGCGCGCUGUGCGUGUCGUCGCCGCCGUCGCUCCAGACGUCGCCCAUCCACUGCGUGUCGCCGCAGCCCUCCUCCGCCUCCUUGCCCUCUUCGCCGCCGCCCACUCUGCCCCUCAUCAGCGAGGAGUUCCACGCCGUGACGUCACCCGUGCCGUUGCUGACGCCGCCGCAGUCGUUCCGGUCGUCGCCCGUGACGUCGCCGUCAGUGGCGCCCUCUAUCGCCAUCACGGACGAGUUGGGCACUUCGCUGCAGUUCCCGAUUCUGCCGCCGCCCGUCGACUUCCAGCACUCUGUGCCGAACCUGGACGCCGAGGCCGAGGACUUCGCCGCUCUGCACCGCUGGACGAACGACGAGCCGAGUCGGAGGCUCCAGUUCGCCGCCAACCGGCGCAUGCGCCAGACGUACCCCGUGACCGCCGCCCACAACCCGCUGCACUACCAGUCGCUGCAGUCGGUGGCGCGCGACUGCGACCACGUGCUGCACACCACUGGGAGUGGGAGCGUGUGCAUCGAGGACUUGGGCGCCGCCACGAAACUGCUCCACCGCUUGGCCGCCACGUCGGGCCUGAGUGACGUCAUCGCCUUCCGCGACACCGACAUCCAGAUCUCGCUGGAGUGGAACGCCAACAGACUGGUGCUGCGGCGCGUGUCGGGCGACCAAACCCAAUACAAGGACGUGUGCAAUCAACUCAUCCAUUCGGUCAUGUGA